CACAAAACGAUGGCGGACCCCGAGAUCUUCAUCGUCUCGCGGCUCAACGACUGCUUCGGCCUGGACCUGACGCUCGUCGACUUCGACGAGAAGGCGCCGCUCGAGCUGCUCCAGCUGCUGCUCGACGUCCUCGCCGACCUCGACCCGCGCCUGCGCGGUGACGUGCGCGACGCCGGAACAGCAGAGAGCGCCGGGCGGGCGGCCGACCUCCUGCGCCUGUUAAAAUAUCCGCCCCUCCGCGACCGCGCCGACGCCGACGGAUACCAGAAGUGGGUCGACGCGGCCGCGGCCGGCGCCACCACCACGGUCCACCCCGCGCUGCACUGGCUGCUGGGCGACGUCGAGCGGCACCGGACGCGCGCCUACGUCGCGCGCUUCCUCGCGCCCGUCGACGUGCCGCCGCACCUGCUCGACGACGCGGCGCUCCGCGAGGCCUUCGAGCACCACCGGGCGCUCCAGCGCGACUUCCGGGACGCCCACCGGGCGGUCGUCGCCUCGCGGGCCGCGGCGGCGCGCGGCGACGGCGGCGCGCUCCGCGCGGAGGCGCGGCAGCUCGAGGCCGAGCGCGCGCAGCUCGAGGCCAAGGUCGCGGCGCUCCGCCGGCGCGGCGCCGACGUGCCCGACUUCGACCGGCUCCUGGCGGCGACGCGGGGCCUGCGGCUGGCGCAGGACGAGGACGCGCGGCUCCGCGAGACGGCCGCGCGGCAGCGCGAGGCCGCGCGGCGCGCCGAGGCCGCGCGGGCCCUGCGCGAGGCGCGGCUCGGGCGCCUGCGCGCCGGGGUCGGCGCGGCGCGCACGGCGGACGAGCUCAUCGACGUCGCGCGGCGCGACGUCGAGGCGCUCGAGCGCCAGGCCGGCGCGGCGGAGGCGGCGCGGCGCGCCCCGGCGGCGGCGGCGGCGCGGCGCGAGGACGCGGCGGAGCUCCAGCGGCGCGUGGGCCACCUCGAGGCGCGCGUCGAGGAGCUGCGGGCGCGGUGCCGCGACGCGUGCGAGGCGCGCGGCGACGCGACGCUCCGGUCCUUCCGCGCGACGGCGCAGAUCGUGGCGCGGCGCCUGGCGGAGAAGAGCGCGGCCGUCGACGGCCUCGAGGUCGACCUCGAGGCCGCGCGCCGCGCGCUCGCGGCCGCGCGGAGCGCGCCCGCGGCGGGGCCGGGGGGCGGCGGCGGGCCGGACGCGCGGCGCUUCGGCGAGCGGCUGCGGCGGACGACGCGAGACUACAAGGCCAAGCAGGAGCGGCUGCGGGCGCUGCGCGGCGAGCUCGUCGUCGCGCACCGCACCGAGCGCGUGCUGCGGGGCCGCGCGGGCGACCUGGACCGAUUCCUGGACGGGCUCGAGGGGGCGCGGGGCGUGCGCGGCUACCGGGGCGCGCGCGCGCGCCUCGCGGCGGCCGCGGGCCGGCAGGAGGCGAGCGACGCGGCCAAGGCCGGCGAGCUCGAGGCCGCGGCGGGCCGCGCGCGCGCGGCCGCGGGGGCGCUCCGCGCGCGCAAGGCCGAGCUCGCGCCGCGCAUCGCGGCCCUGCGCGAGGCGCGCGCCGGCUUCGCCGCCGCGCGCGGCGCGUUCGAGACCAAGCGCCGCGCGUACGACGCCGUCGCGGCGGCCGCCGAGGCCGACGUGCGGCGCCUCGGGCGCGAGGCGGACGCGCACCAGGAGGCCGCGCUCGCCGAGGAGUCGCGCUUCCACUACCUGAACUGCCUCUGCGGCGUCGCGCGCGCGGCCGCCGACCGCGCGCGCGCCGAGGACGCGCGCCGCGCGGCGCCCGCCGCGGCCCCGCGGCUCCUGCCGGACUUCGCGGGCUACGCCGAGCUCUACGCGCACAAGGGCGACCGCCAGCGCGCGCUCGUCGACCAGCUCCGGCGGAGGAAGGCCGGCCUCGACCGCGGCGCCGCGCCGCGCCGCCGCCAGCGCGCGCGCUUCGAGCACCUCCGCGCGCUCCUCGCGGCGCGCCUCGCGGCGCGCGGCGCGCGCGCCCCCGACGCCGCCGCGGCCGAGUACGACCUCGGCCACGCGCGCGUCGCGCAGUUCGCGUAG